GUAGAAAAGGAAGAGGCUUCGUCUUUCUCCUUUUCCCCUUCUUUCCCUUCUCAUUGGCAAGGGGAAAAGCUGGGGCGGCACCAUAGCAACAAAAGUAGGUGGCGAGAGGAGAGGAGAGGAGAGCGUAGUAACCCUAGGAGAGCCCCUCAAAAUUGGUUCCCUUGAGAAGAGGAUCAUACACAUUGCGAGGUUUCAUCUCUCUCUCUAAUCAAGUUCAAUUGUGUUCUCUUCAAUCCUUCCCUUGUGUGCUCGUUUUCUCCCGGUGGUAGCUCUUUCUUGGGGCUUUUUCGGGGGUUUUGAAGUGUGAAUUCAAGUGGGUUUUUCGCAAAACCGCGUUUUGAUUCGUUUUAGGAGAUGAAAUUGAUGUUUCCUGGUUGUUGGCGGCGGAGUUUGAUGGUAAAGGUUGCGUCUUUUUGAAUUUUUGUAGGGUUUGAGGCGUUUGAUUGAGUCGGUUUGGAGAAGGGCGAAGUGGAAAUUGUGAACCCUAGAGCUGUUUUCGGCAAAUUUUGUGGUGAUCGUGACGGAAUUCUGAGAGUUGCGUGGGGAAAUCAUCGAAAUUUGUCACAAAAUUCGGUCUUUAGAAGUGGAGAUUUAAGAGAAGUGCCCUCAAAAAAGGAAUUUUUGGUGAUGAGGGUUUGGGAGGAGCUUUGAAAGAUCAACUUUGGUUGGGGGAAUUUCUUGCCCUUUUCUGGUAUGCAGAUGGCGGCGGAUCCUAACAUGAAUUUUGGGGUUUUCCCCCAAUCCUUCUGCAAUCAACGCAUGGUUUCUUUCCAGCCGAGCGGAUUGAAAGGCGAGGUCGGAAUCAUUCCUGGGAGCAUGAACUGUUCGAUCGCGGUUAACAGCGCACCCGGGAUGCCUGCGAUGCCUGGGAUGGUGAACGCCACCACCUGUUCGAUGAUUUCUCCUUCUCCCGUGAAUCCUCCCAGUAAUUUGCUUGUUGAGCCAGCGCAUGGCCUCAAGCACGGAGCGAUGUUGGCUGUGGAUUGGUCUAAUCAAGAAUUAGCAUUGCUCAAGGAGGGCCUUGAUAGAUUUGCUAGCGAACCCAGUAUCAUGAAGUAUAUCAAGAUAGCAGCUUUGCUACCUGAAAAGACUGUAAGGGAUGUUGCCAUGAGGUGCCAGUGGAUGAUGAAGAAGGAAAAUAGCAAGCGAAGAAAGCAGGAAGAACACCAUGUGGGAAAGAAGAUCAAAGAUAGGAAGGAAAAGAUGGUGGAGCCUUCCUUAUGGGCCAACACUUAUUCCAUUCAGCCAGAAACAAAUACAGCCUCUUCCUAUAUGAUGCAUAACACUAACCACAAUAACCAAUUUUUACAUGAAGCCCCCGUCAUUGACGGUACAACACAGCAUCUAAUGGACGAAAAUGUUCGACUUCUUAGUCAGAUCGCAGCAAAUAUUGAUAGAUGCCAGAUUCAUAAUAAUAUUGAUCUAUUCAACUGCAUGAGGAAGAACAUCACAACUGUUCUACAUCGUAUGAGUCAAAUGCCUAGUAUUAUGGGCAAGAUGCCUCCAUUGCCUAUCUCGAUGGAUGAAAAACUUCUUGAUUCCAUGUUGUCAGGUGCUGCUAUGGUGCAUCCACCUAGCAACAGGUAUUUGAAAGACGAACCGAGAUGCUGGUAAACUGACUCGGGAGGAGCACUUGAUCUCUUCAUAUGCAAAAUUUGCUUCUGUAAAUGUAGAAUAUGUUGGGAGCUGUCGCCUUAGCUCACGCACCGCCCACCAAAAGGAUCUUGUAAAGAAUACCCGUGUCUGAAUCCGAAGUGCUAAACCGAGGAGGUAAUAAAAGCCACUGCAUUUCUUGGGCUUCGACUACAACCUGACACCAAUUUUUGAGCUUUGUUUGCUAGAGCCUCUUUGUAUAUUCUCAAUUAGAGAGAGGACUUCAAAGAAUGGUUACACUAUUAUUAUUAUUAUUUUUUUUUCUACUUGCUGAUAAGUUAUUCUUUAGCUUUUUGAUGAUGUCCGUCGCUUCAGGACGACAUUUAAACUCGAUAGAAUAUUUAGAGCUAGUGAUCUGUUAGCUACAUAUAUCUUAAUGAAAAGGAAAAGCUUUUUGCCGAA